AUGUCCCAGCGCUCUGAAUAUGAAAGAGAACGUAUGAUAAAAAUCCAGUCAGAACAAGUGAACACGAGACUUACAAAGUUAGUACAACUUAGAAAUGCUCUCAUUGCUCAAGCUACAGACUUAAAUAUUCAAAUUCCCGAGGCUGAGCAAGCUAAGACAAAAGGAAAAGAGAAAGGCGGCAAAGGCAAAAAGGGCAAAGACAACAAAGAGGAGGAUGUUAAGGAAAAGGCGAGGCAAAGACGCGAAGAACUUAUUCAAAAUCUCAUGGGUGAACUGAAUCUCCUUGAUGUGACCCAAUUGGCACUGCCCAAAUCAGGAUCUAAGGAUGGUGAGUCAGAUUCCAAAAAGUCUGGAGGAUCUAAAGCGUCAAAAGCCUCACGGAAAUCGGGGUCCUCGAAAAAAGCCGGCCCAGAAAAAGAGUUCUUUCGCACAUUGGAAAAGCUAAAAAGUAUUCCUCUGAACAAAACUUGUUCGGUUCUAUUUUCUGAGGAAGAAGUAAAGCUGCCUAUAGGCUUGGAAGAAAUACCUGACGACGAUUUUGAACCACCUUUUGAAAAGGUAGUGGAGAAGCCGGUGAUAACUGCAAGGAAGUCCACUCUUCAGCAGAUUUCGUCUAUGCUCAAGUCAUUGGUUGAAGUGAAGGAUGAAAUGGAAGCAGAAAAAAAAGGUGAAGAGAAAAAAUCAAUUGUAGAGGAGAAGAAGUCAGUAGCAGAAGACAGAAAAUCAAAGAAAGAAAAGAGACCUACUGCCAAAUCGGGAUCAACUGCAGCAAGAGCAGUGUCAUACGCACGACGGUCCAAGAGUUUUGAAAAGCGCAAAAGCACAGCAGAGAUGACUGAAGAAGAAAAGAGAAUGUUUAGACUGACUAGCAUGAUUGAAUUUGAGCUAAAAACGGAUGUUGUGUAUUUUGAAACGCCUAUCGUUGUUUUGUGGGACUACGACAAACAAUAUUGGUCUUAUGAGAAUAUUCUUCAUUUGAAAGCGGAAGAAAAGCAAGUAACGUUUGAAUUGAAAAAAGUUGGUCCUCUGGCACUAGCAACAUUUCGAUAUUCUAAUAUACCAUUCCGAAGCUGGGAUAUGAGGCCUUGUCUUGAAGACCAAACUGUGCAAUUAUUUAUGAGAUCAAACCACGUCAAUGUAACUUUCAAAAUUAAGUUUUAUGCUGAUUUAAAUCAAUUAAUGCAAGAUCGUAUGCCAUUACAUCUCCAAAAGAAGGUGAAAAGUUUGUCUCCCACCCAAAUUGAAACUGUUUACGAAAUGUUAUGCCUGACAAAAGUUAUUAGCUACACGACUACGUACCCCGAAAAUCCUAAAGUACCUUUCGUCUCUUAUCAAAUGCAGCCCCCCGAAGAAGAUGUGAAAGGCAAAGGAAAGAAAGGAAAGAAAGGAAAAGAAAAAGGAAAGAAGUCAAAAUGA